AUGGACGGCUUGUUCGAUGGCUCGCCGCUUCUAUCGACCGUCCUCGCUGCAGACUUCAUUGAUAUACUCUUGAAAAGAUGGUGGGAUCAUUUUACCAUCUUGGCUACAGCUUGGGUAUGUCUUGUACUUGCAAGCAGACUCGAUAUUCUGUUUACCCUAGGCUUUGUCGCUUGGAAGCACGCUUCUGUAAUGACCUCGCUUGUAAGCCUCCUCAAAUCCCGGUAUAUCACGGAUGCCGCCCUUGGAAUAUGCGGAAUAUUUCUAGUUGGUUACCAUACCUCAAGGUGGAUUGUCAAUAGCAGGGCCAACUCCACCGCUAGUACUGCUCAUCGACUGUUGACUCCUGGUCGAAUAACUCACCAUAGGUUGUACCCCCGGAAACAUUCUUUUUCUUAUCCAUACCUCCUGCUUGGCAUCCCGAUAGAGGCCUCGGACAACGCCAAUGACAUUAUGCUUGCAAAUGUUCACAGUCCAUGGUCUUGGUCCACACAAUUGUCCGGAUUGACAGCCUUGCUUGGGGUUUGCCCGGCUGACCACCUGCAACGCAUACGCUCCGACAAUGGCUUGCGUGGAAAAUUGGAUGCAUACCUGGGGUCUGAGGGUAUUGAUGCCUCGUGGUAUCCGUAUGCCUAUCUUGUGACUGCCGCACAGUUCCCAGGCCUUCGCUUUAAUCCGACAACCUUCUGGUUCCUUUACUCACCAGACAAGGUCUUUCAGGCAAUCAUCCUGGAGAUGAACAAUGUCUUCGGGGAAAGGCAUCCCUAUCUUGUCACGAGAGAAGUACAGACAGAAGAUGAGCAUGUUCAUAACAUGACCCAGAACGACCAAGGACUUCUGUGCGCUCAAAUAAGAACGACAUGGCGAAAGAGAUCUCAUAUAUCGCCUUUCAACUCACGAACGGGAUCGUACUCUAUGCUUGCCAAGGAUCCCCUUGGGCCUGGAAUGCGAGGAUUUCGAGGCCUCGAUAUCUCUAUCACCCUCUCGUCGUCAAAAGACCAGCCGAAGCUUUUUGCAAACUUGUUAUCCGAAGACGAGGCUAUUGACCCCUAUAAAGUAAGCAUUUUAGGGAGGGUUCGGUUCGUCUCAAGUGGUUCGGUUCGUCUUCAUUUCUGGUAUCGGCCUGAACCUUACAAGGAAAUUAUAGAACGUUCAGCUAAUUGGAUUGAGAAAAUUCUCGAACAAGUAUUUCGUGAAUACUUGAAGCAUCUUGUCCAACGAUCGACCACCCCUGCCACUAUUCUAUAUACGCCAGGGGGAGUUGCUGAAGCGUCUGAGCAGACAUUCAUCUCACCCUCCACGUGCGGCCCUGUAGAAUCUAUUUGCGAGAUCAAGAUCAAAGUGUUGACGCCGAUUUUCUAUUCACGCUUCGUUUACUAUGCGCAUGAUUCUGAGGCCAUCUUCUGCGAGGUGGCUGAAAGCUGUACCCUUUGGACUGACAAGCCGGAACAGCUGACAACGGUUUUUUUGAAGAAGGGUUCUCCACCUAUUCAUGCUUCCAAUUUGCUUGAUUAUAUGCACUUUCAGCUCAUCAAAAAUCUCAGAGGCCGGCCGGAUAAGAUUGAGAGACCAUUGACGUCUACAAAUGGACAUUCGUCCUCAGUGAAGGGCGUCGAUAUUCGGGAGUUUCGAAUUUCAUCAAUGGACGCCUUUGUUCUUGAACAAGGAGAUACAGAACUCAAAAACGCGUAUUUGAGGUCUGUGGUCGGCCUCUUUGUGGCUGAUCGCAUUGCUAUGAGUAGUGUCAGCCUACUUGGCAUGAUGGAGCUCAUAGGAAGAGUGGGUGUCUCAUGGGUGCUGACAUUGCUCAUUACGCAGACCAUCAUGAGCUUCUCAUGA